GGGGUGGGAGCAGCGCGGCGAGGCGGCGCGGUUCGCGGGGAGGAGGAAGCGGUGCUGACAGCGACACGUGCCCUCUGCGGGGCGAGCAGCGCGGGAGCCGAGCAGUCCGGCUGGAGAUGGCCGUACCCGGCUGGCAGAAUAAGGAUGGUUGUUCAGCUGUCAACCACGAAAGACCCUGUCCGUGAGGAUAUUCCCGUGCACAGAGGCAUCCAUUUGACCAUUGCGUUACAAUGCAGAUUCAGAAUCGCUGAUGCCGCUUCGUACCAGAGGCAUUGCUGAGGUUCCGUGUGCAGCAAUGGACUUGGAGAAACCAUCUGUCUGGGGAUCCUUGAAGCAGAGAACGAGGCCGUUCCUACAAAACUUAAGUGUGAGGAAGACGAAGAAGAGGUCGAGCAAGAUGGUGGUGAGCAAGGUCCGCACCCUGGACCGACGCCUCAGCGUGUCAGUGCCUGACAUGCUGGAGGUGGAGGCUCUCACAGAGGAAGAAACAACAUAUUCGAGCACUCAGGUGCUGUCCAGUGGCUACCCCAGUGGCGUCCCCAGGCCUGUGGUGUCUCUGAAAAGGAGAAACUCAUCGAUGAGGCCAGAGGGAGAGGACUGGCCAUGGCUGCAGCCUUCAACUGCAUGCACGGAGCCGGCCAUUGCUCACUUGGGCGUGCGUGUGGCGGACGGCCCUGUGUCCGAGGGGAAGCGACCGUCCAGCAGUGACCUCCUGGAGCUGCUGCAGAGAGCCCGCCUGAGCGCUGACCUGACGAGCGAGAUGAUGGAGGAAUGUGGAGGAAUGGAUUUAGAGUCUUCAGUAUCUUCUCAAAUGUUUGAUGAUCAGAUGGGUGCAGAGGAAGGAAACGAUUGUUUGAGCCACCUGCCCAGCCCCUUUGCUUACCUGCUGACCAUCCACCUGAAAGAAGGCCGGAACCUGGUUAUCAGAGAUCGCUGCGGUACAAGUGACCCGUAUGUGAAGUUCAAACUGAAUGGGAAAACUCUAUACAAAAGUAAGGUAAUCUACAAGAACCUAAACCCAGUUUGGGAUGAGACUGUCGUGCUGCCCGUACAGACUCUCGAUCAAAAACUCUGGGUCAAGGUGUAUGAUCGAGACUUAACCUCUUCUGACUUCAUGGGUUCGGCAUUUGUAGCACUCACUGAACUUGAACUCAAUAGAACUACUGAACAGGUUUUAAAACUGGAAGAUCCCAACAGUUUAGAAGAUGACAUGGGAGUGAUUGUAUUAAACUUGAGUCUAGCAGUCAAGCAAGGAGACUUCAAGAGAAAUAGGUGGUCAAGUCGGAAGAAGAGAACUUCAUCCAAGGCAAGUUUCAUGCGGAACGUGCGACUCUCUGACUCUUUGCGCAAGAACCAGCUGUGGAAUGGGCAGGUCACCAUCACGCUCCUGGAAGGGAGGAACAUCCCUGUAGGGGGCUUGGCAGAAGUUUUUAUUCUCCUGAAACUGGGAGAUCAAAGAUACAAGAGUAAGACACUGUGUAAGAGUGCAAAUCCUCAGUGGAGGGAACAGUUUGAUUUUCACUACUUCUCUGACAGGAAGGAUAUGUUGGACAUUGAGGUCUGGAGAAAGGAUAACAAAAAGCACGAGGAGCUUUUGGGAACAUGUAAAGUUGACAUUUCUGCCCUGUCAAUGAAACAGACAAAUUGCUUAGAGCUGCCUCUGGAAAAACAUCCGGGGUCCCUGAUAAUGCUGAUUGCUGUCACCCCAUGUACAGGAGUGUCCAUCUCUGAUCUGUGUGUCUGCCCUCUGGGAGACCCCAGUGAAAGAAAACAGAUUGCACAGCGCUAUAGUAUAAAGAAUUCCUUUAGAGACAUGAAGGACGUUGGUUUCUUACAGGUCAAAGUUUUAAAGGCAGUUGACCUCCUGGCAGCAGAUUUUGCAGGUAAAAGUGAUCCUUUCUGUGUACUGGAGCUGGGAAAUGACAGUCUUCAAACACAUACUGUUUACAAGAACCUCAAUCCAGAGUGGAACAAAGUUUUCACAUUCCCUAUUAAAGAUAUUCAUGACGUUCUGGAAGUGACGGUGUUUGAUGAAGAUGGAGAUAAACCCCCUGAUUUUCUUGGAAAAGUUGCUAUCCCUUUGCUGUCUAUCAGAAAUGGCAAACAAAGUUGUUACAUGCUGAAGAAUAAAGACUUGGAACAUGCUUCAAAAGGAGUAAUUUACUUAGAGCUGGAUGUCCUAUUUAAUCCCAUAAAAGCAAGUAUUAGAACAUUCAAGCCCCGAGAAAAGCGCUUCACUGAGGAGAACCGCAAAUUUUCUAAGAAGAUCUUAUCGAGAAAUGUUGAUCGUGUGAAAAAAAUCACCAUGGCAAUAUGGAAUACAAUACAAUUCCUUCGGAGCUGUUUUCUCUGGGAGUCCACGGUAAAGAGCGUGAUAGCAUUUGUGGUAUUCGUGGUCACCGUAUGGAGCGUGGAACUGUACAUGCUGCCUCUGGCUCUACUGGCGCUCUUUGCAUACAACUUCUCACUCGUCAGAACAGGGAAGGUCAACAACACCCAAGAUGCCCAGGAGCUUAUGGGCUUGGAUGAAGAUGACGACGAGGAAGAUAAGGAAUCUGAGAAAAAGGGAUUAAUUGAUAGAAUCCACAUGGUGCAAGAGAUUGUCAUAGCUGUUCAAAGCAUUCUAGAGGAAAUAGCAUCGUUUGGAGAGAGAAUUAAAAACACGUUCAACUGGACGGUGCCUUUCCUCUCCGUUCUGGCCUGCUUGUUCCUUGCGGCAGCAACAGUUAUUUUGUACUUUAUACCACUGAGGUACAUUAUUUUAAUCUGGGGCAUAAAUAAAUUUACUAAGAAGCUUAGAAAUCCCUAUGCCAUCGAUAAUAACGAGCUACUAGAUUUCCUCUCCAGGGUACCAUCUGAUGUUCAAAAGGUGCAGCAUGCUGAAUUGAAACCAUACAGCAGCUCCAGUCCCAUUAGGAAGAAACGGAGUGCGCUAUAGGAUGAAGUGCAAUUUCGGAAUGCAGCAUCUCCCUCCGUACCCCCCACGUGUACAUGCGCUUCCCCCUUCUCUUCAUAGUUCAGAACAACACAAUAAUUUGCCACAGGCUCUUUUUUUAAUUAUGUUUUUUAAAGCUGGUCGUUUUGAUAAACACCUAUUUUGGGUUGUCGUUUUGGGCUGUCUUUUGGCACCAAGAUGGAGCCCCCAGAAGAGCGGAGUGGAACAGAUGAAGUAGUUUGUAGGGUGGGGAGGAGUGUGGGAGGGUAUGGUGCCACUGCAUUCCCUCUUCUUAUUUUUUAUUUUCCUUCAAUUGCAGAGGCAAGGCUGGAUGUGGCAGCGCUCCAUUUUUUUAUGUAGGAGGAAAUAAUUCUGCCUAGCGUAGCAGAUCAGCUGAGCUGAUGUGAGGAGAUGCUCUGAACCAGUUUUUAACAUAUCCAACAGAUUUACAUUAAGAUAUGAAAGCUAUUCUUUUCUGAGUUAAAUCACUGUGCCUAGAAAGGUUUAAGCUCUGAAUUAACGAGUCUUUGAUACCCAUCUUCUGUUCAAGCAGUGUACAUUUUAAAAAGUUUUUUAUCAUAAUUAGCAGAGUGAGGAGCUCCAGCAGUAUCUCAAUAUUUCAUCCAGCACUUGUGGAUUUCUCCUUUUUCCCUUUUCUUUAAAAAAAUAAAAAAUGCCCACCCCAUGGUUAACUAUUUGGAUGCUGGAUUCAUUGGAGAUCCAUUGCUGGCAAUGGAUGCAUGAGAACCUUCUGCCGCAAAAGGAUUAAGAGACUGCAGAAAAGCCUAACUCACUGACCUGAAAAGACUCUGUUGACUUGCCUUUUAUAACUCCAUCUCAUCAGAUAUUUUCAGCACGACUCUUGUUUUUCAGUCUAAAUCCAGAGGGGUCAACACUACAGAUCCAGGAGAAAAACACUUUAUUGCCUUAAAGAAACAAGUGCUCGUGCAGAAGGAGUACAUGGUGCCCAAAGAUGUGGCUGUGCAAUAGUGGGCAGGUGUUGGUCUGCCACUGAUUCUCACUGGGAUUCACAAAGAAGGGAUCAGAAAAUGAAGUUAUGUGGGAGAUGAGCAAUGAAGAAACAGGAGAAAGGACACCGUUUUCUGAGGAGAAUGUGGUUUCUUGCUUUCUUACUGAUCUUUUAGCUAUUGUUCUUCUGCUUUAUAAAAUUCACAUAACCAGCAUCAUCCAUGUUGUUUGCCUUGGGAAACUGAGGUGGAGAAUCAUGUGUAAACCUGCUCAGUUUUUGUGAGAGUGUAGUCCUCAGUCUUUUAGUUGCUGUAGGACUUUAUGGGAGUGACUUGUGACUUGCCACCGUGAGUCAUUGUUAGCAUGAGAGCUGGAGCUUGGUUCGUGCUGUUUCCAGGCAGGUGUUCCCACCAGCAUCGCCUCAAGUGGUUCACCUUACAAACAAAGAGAAUUCUGGUGCACAAGUUGCUUUUUAAAAAAUAAGACUUCGGAAGUAGUCUAAUUAAAGGUAAAACAAGUGAAGCCUUGUUUAUGGAUUGGCAAUCCAAAUGGUGUCACACCAUUCAGUGAUGCAAACUUGGGGGCCUGAUGCGUGAGUCUGGGGAGGAAAAACUAACACCAGAGUAUUUUCCACUGGAUUGUUACCUGGAUUCAGUGAUUUUUUGAUGUUUGUUUUUCCGAAGUAACAAUCCCCUCUGUGCCACUGAAUUAGAAGGGGCACGUGUUCAUGGACUUGAUUUAGAAUAGUUCAUUUGGAAAGGACCUACAAAGACCAUCAAGUCCAACUGCCCAACCACUUCAGGGCUAACCAAAAGUUAAAGAAUACCAUUGAGGACAUUAUCCAAAUUCCUCUAGAGCACUGACACGCAUGGGGGCAUCAACCACUUCGCUGGGAAGUCUUUUCCAGUGUUUGACCGCUCUCGUGGUCAAGAAACUUUUCCUGAUGUCCAGUCUCAGCCUCCUCUGUGCUGCUGGGUGUGGGCUACCAGGGAGAAGAGAUCAGUGCCUCCGUUUGAUAAAGAAUGUGUUUUGCUCAUGUAAAGCUCUGUGUAGCUGCAUAUGAAGAGAGAGAAGAAAGAUUAUCUCAGUUUAAAAUACUAUAAAAAUGCCUCUUUGUGUGCACGUGUGCUUGUGUACCCAUGCAUGUACACAGUUGUGUAUAAAGAAGAGUACAUGUAUAAUGUAUUUAUAGGUGCGUAUGUGUGGGAAAAUGAUUGAACAUACAGAUUUAAAAACCUUGAAAAUGUUUAUGAAAAAUGCCAAAGAUUCUAAGGCUUAUCUUGUGUCUGUUCUUCUUCAUUUUGUAUCGUUCCCGGCGUGUCUCUCUGGCUGAGCCAGAUCUCUGCAUGAUUUGAUUUACUUCAAGUUAAUGAAGUCGGUUGGAAAGAGUCUUGUAGAAAUUAUAAAAUCUCCAGUAAAUCUCCUUCUUGUACAUACAGUGGAUGUCCACGGAUCUCUUUUGUUAAACCAGUUUCUCAGUCUUCUGUGUAAACAAUGCCUAAUUGUCUCGCUUGGGACUAUCAUCCAGUUUAUCAUGCUGUACUCUUGUCGCUUUGUAGGGGCCAAAGUCCCACAUAUUUAAGCAGGCAUGUGAAAUCAGAUCAUUGAUCUGAGUGAAAAUAUUCAACUGCAGCAAACGUUUAUUUAUUCAGAAGUUGGGACUGAUAUUGUAAUAGUAUUUUUUUUUUCUGUAGAUUUUUCCACGUUUGAUUUCUGUUCAGGAGACGGGAUGACGUCUUUUAUAUAUAUGUGUGUGUGUGAUUUGGAAUAAUUUAUAUUAGGUUGUUGUGCUGGAGACAUACCAAAUGAAAGGGUUUGGAUGGUCCAGUAUGUGUAAAUGUUGUAAUGAGCUCCUUGUUUUGGUAAAUGCUGUUUGAAAUGUAAUAAACGUUUGAGGUUAU